AUGAGAAUAUCUCCUAGGUUGAUAAGGGAAGCAAGAAAUCAUUCGCCUUUACUCCCGUACUUACUUCGUGCCAAUCGAAACAUUGAACGGGCAGCACAAGAAUUGAAAUGGAUUCAAAAUGAACUUGCACCAUCACAAUGGAAGAAUGCAGUUAUAAUGAGACAUAACCUUCAUCCACUUCAAUAUAUUCUUGGGUCUCAACCAUUUGGAUCCUUGGAUAUAAAGUGUAGAGAAAAUGUACUCAUCCCCCGUCCAGAGACCGAAGAAUGGGUAUUGAAAUUAUGUAGCAUUUUACAACAUCGUCAGGGAAAACAAAGAAAACUCCAAAUAGUCGAUGCAUGUACUGGAUCAGGGUGUAUUGGCCUCUUGACCAAAUAUGAACUUCAAGAUGAUAUUAGUAUGACAAUGUUUGACAUAUCGGAACAUGCUGUAGAAUUGUCAAUGGAGAAUCAGACUCAAUAUUCAUCUUUAGAUGCAAACAUAUUACAAUUGGACUUGUCUGAUGUAAACUUGGCUGAUAAACUCCCCACUCAACAAGAUUUGAUUUUAUCUAAUCCACCAUAUAUCCCACUAAGUGAUUAUAAACGUCCUGUUUUAUUGAAUGGUGUGGAGGAGUCGGUUAGACUAUAUGAACCACAAUUAGCAUUGGUGGGGGAAAAUGAAUUUUACUCCAUGCUAUUGGAGAAUCUUGUUAAACCAACAUCAGCAAAUGGAUUUGUGUUUGAAUUGGGUUAUAGAGAACAGGCACAAUUCAUACGUAAUAACCUUGGUGAUGAUUGGAUAUGUGGAGUUUAUUAUGAUUACAAUGACAAUAUACGGUGUUCAAUAGGCUGGCGAGUUGGCUCCGAAAUGUCUUAUUUGCAAGAUAUGUGCAACGAAAUUCUUAAAAUUGAUGAAUAA